AGUCUCCUACGAAAAAGAGACAAUGCAGUAUAUCACACAGUGCAAUCCUUCACUGUACAUGGAUUGGCACAUACAAAACAACAAUACCCAUUUUAUUCGGACCAUUUUAUACAAGCAAGCUACCUCGCGAUUCAGACGAAGUGAACAUUUCCUCGACUGACUACUUACUUUCUUUUCAUCACGUUUGAUUGGCUGCAUCGGAGCAUUGCCACCUCCCUGGUAAUGACGGGCUGUGUUAUUAUCGGUGUGCCACUUUACUUUAUAUUUUUCUCUUUGUCUUCAUUUUCUGCUCUAUAUUUACGAGUUAAAUUUGGUUCAGCAUCCGGUCUCGGUCGCAUCGCAUUGGAAAUGUACGGUCUAAUCAGGUGUGGAUUUUGGAUACUGGAAUUGGGCAUUCGCAUGGAAAAAACUUUGGGUACUUAUUGGGAUGAUUUUUGGGAUUUUCUGGACGGGUCUGGCUGGCACAUGGGAGGACGAAACUGUAUCACUUAUCCUGUACAUAUUUGGGGGCUUCCGGCUAAUGCAACCUGGUCCCGUGCUAAUGAAUAAUCACUUGUGAUUAUAAUCGCUUUUAUUUUUUCUUUUCUUCCUCAGGCGGUAAAUGUA